AUGGAAGACAGACAGGAAGUGAUGUCAGGUACAGACAGGAAGUAGAGAGGAGAUGUUGGUGGAAGUGGCAGCAGAGGAGUGCAACAGUCUGAAAGAUGAACCAUUUCCUUAACUGGGAGGGGGUGAAAGUGCCCAAUAUUGAAGUGGAUAAUAGAUAGACAUGACUGAUCAAUUUUGGGAAUAUCAUUUGAUGUGACUAUUUGUGUUCAGAUGUAGAGUUUUCCUCCUGUGAAGUCUGGAGAUCAUAUGACAUCACAUUGCCUCCACCUCCCUCCCUGAUAGAAAAGAGAGAAAGAAGAAGAAGAUUCUAGAAGUCACCAGAGAGAUCACUGAGCUGCUGACAGGAGAGGUUCCUAUAAGGUGUCAGGGUGUCACUGUCUAUUUCUCCAUGGAGGAGUGGGAGUAUUUAGAAGGACACAAGGAUCUCUACAAGGACGUCAUGAUGGACAAUCAGCCGCCCCUCACAUCACCGGAUGGAUCCAGUCAUGGGAACCCACCAGAGAGAUGUCCCCGUCCUCUGUAUUCCCGGGAUUCCACACAGGAAGGUCACACCAUCCCUCACCAUCAUCAGAGUGGAAACCUGAGAGAUCCUAAAGUUGAGGUUAAAGAAGAGAUAAAAGAGGAGGAGGAUGAGGAUGGGGGGAUGGAGGAGUCAGAGCUUCUAAGAGAACACAAAGAUCUGUACCAGGACACCAUGGUGGAGUCAACCAGCUACAGGAACCCACCAGAGAGAUGUCCCCGUCCUCUGUAUUCCCGGGAUUCCACACAGGAAGGUCACACCAUCCCUCACCAUCAUCAGAGUGGAAUCCUCGGGGAUGAUAAUAUUGAUGUUAAAGAAGAGUAUAAAGAGGAGGAUGAGGAGUAUGGAGUGAUGGAGGAGUUUUCAGAAGGACACAAGGAUAUGAUGGAGCCACCUAAUACCAGGAACCCACCAGAGAGAUGUCCCCGUCCUCCGUAUUCCUGGGAUUCCACACAGGAAGGUCACACCAUCUCUCACCAUUACAAGGGUGAAGAUCUGAUAGAUAUAAAAGUUGAGGUGAAAGCAGAAGAAGAAGAAGAGGCGUAUGUGAGGGAUGAUCAGCAGUCUAUGGAGGAGGAUGGAAUAACGGGGACAUUUAUAGAGGAGGACACUCCUACAGAGAUCAGCACAGUCCAUGGCCGGGAGAUGAGGAAAACCUCCGAGGAUUGUCUCACUUUGUCUCCAGACUGGAAAGUAGAAGAUGAGGACAUCACACAGUAUAGUCCAGGAGAAAACCCGGCUCCCUCCAAUGCCCAU